ACUUGGUUUCAACCUUACCUGCUCAAGGUGAGGGGUCAAUCAAAACACCAACAAAGCAAAGCAAGAAAAGUUAUAUAGCUACUAGCUAUGAAGAAAAAGCCAUUUUAAAAAAAAAGCUGAUUUCAUAAAGCAAUACUACUAGUACUACUUUUUCUCUCUCUCAUCCUCUUUCCUCCUUCUGUUCUUUUGCUAUUAUCACCUCCCAUCUUUCUUUCCACGAAUAAAGCUGAAAUCCCACUCACUAUUCCAAUCUUCACCACCACCACCACAACCACCACCUCACCUGCACUGUACCUCACUGCACAGAUUCUCUCAAAACUCCACCCAUGUUAGAAAACAACAACAACACUACAAAUUCUUCUUCUGAUACUGCUUUUCCAUUAUCUGAAAAUGGAGGUGCUAAUAGUAAUAACAAAAGAAAAAGAAGACCAGCAGGCACACCAGAUCCAGAUGCUGAAGUUGUGUCUCUUUCGCCAAAGACUUUGUUAGAAUCUGAUAGAUAUGUAUGUGAGAUCUGUAACCAAGGCUUUCAAAGAGACCAGAAUCUUCAAAUGCAUAGAAGAAGACACAAGGUGCCAUGGAAAUUACUGAAGAGAGAAACAACACAAGGAUUGAAAAAGAGGGUUUUUGUUUGUCCAGAACCAAGUUGUUUGCACCAUGAUCCUUGUCAUGCUUUAGGUGACCUUGUUGGUAUAAAAAAACACUUUAGAAGAAAACAUAGUAAUCACAAACAAUGGGUUUGUGAAAAAUGCAACAAAGGUUAUGCUGUUCAAUCGGAUUAUAAAGCUCAUAUCAAAACAUGUGGUACUAGAGGACAUUCGUGUGAUUGUGGUCGUGUCUUUUCCAGGGUGGAGAGUUUCAUAGAACAUCAAGAUGCAUGCAAUGUGAGAGGGAAGAACCAACAACCAGAGUUUCAAGCAACAACUAUUCAACCUGCAUGUUCUUCUAGAACAGCUUCAAGCACAAGUCCAUCAAGUGAGGCAAAUUUCAGUGUGUCAGCUCCAUUACAAGGACUACCAAUUAUCCUUCCAAAGCCAUUUGACAAACCUUCCACCUCUCAUCAACAUAACUUAGAGCUUCAACUCUUGUUACCUUCUUCUACAAACCCUCGAGCCGAAAAACAAAAUCCGAACCAUCAAAACUACGAAACGACGCAUUUGAAACUCUCCAUAGGAAGUAAUAACGAAUCAGAGAAACAAAGGAAUUCCAUUUCCACCUCUACAUUGGAAGUAACAAGGUUGAAGGAGUAUAAUACCGAGGAGCUAAAGUUGGCGAUGGCGGAAAAGAGUUACGCAGAAGAAGCUAGAAAAGAAGCUAAACGACAGAUUGAAAUAGCUGAAGUUGAGUUUGAGAAUGCUAAAAGGAUAAGAAAACAAGCUCAAGAUGAACUUGGAAAAGCUGAAGCUUUGAGAAAACAAGCUGUUAAGAAAAUAAGCAACACUGUUAUGGAAAUAACAUGUCAAGCUUGUAAACAACAGUUUCAAUCUUCAACUUCUGGUGUUCCUUCAGAAGAAACAUCCAUUGUUAUGGGCUACAUGUCCUCAGCCACCACAGAAGGAGAAGCAGAAUGACAGAAAAAAAAAACUUCAACUUAGUUUCACAAAUAAGUCAUAUGGUUCUUUCUUUCCUUAUUCUUUUUUUCUCUGAUUUGCAUUACUCGAGAAGAAGAAAAAAAGUUCAUAUUCUUUAUUAGAUAUGGUUGUUGUGGAGAUGCUUUUUAGGAUUUAGGUUUGCUUUAAAUGUUUUGUAACUUUUUUGCAUUUUUGUUAUUUUGACACAUUCAUGUUCAUUUGUUGUAUUCAAAAGAUCAAAAUAAUAUUUGAACUUAGCUUUACAUUUAUAAUUCA